AUGGUUCAAGCAGCGAAAGUUAGUUGGCAGGCCAAUGCGGUCGAAUUUGACUCACUGUUCAAUCGUACACGACGUGGCUGGGCCUGGGGCACACACGAAGUGGUGCAACUGUUCACUCAUGACCGUCCCGAAGCGGUGAAAAUCGAAAGUUCACCGGAUGAGUUGGGUGAUUUGACGAAGCACAAUAUGACGGAAAUCGACUCGUGGACUGUCGAUCGAUUCCUUCGUGCAGAGAAGCAGUUGCGACCAAGCAAAGGCUGUCGGCGAAAUUCCAAAUUGGGGUAUCCGUGGCCGGAUCCGAACGCUGCACUCUCGGGUCAGUUUGAUGCGGAUCUGAUAGAAAGCCUCGCACAAUCGUCGGAACCAGAUCGUUCACGUCGGGGCCACAUAGCCUUUCUGCAUUUGGAUGCGGCGGAUCAUGUUGGCCAUUCGUUCAAACCCUCCUCCGACGAGUAUCGAGAAAUGGUACGCCAUUUGGACACCCUUAUCGCCCGUGUGGUUCAGGCUGUCAAUCACCACGGAGCUGGUUCUCUGCACGAAACCGUCACUCCGUUGCUGGUCUGGGGUGCUGGUUUGGCGGGAUCGGAGAAGAUAUCCACUCCUUUACAAACUGAAGAACUGGACCAGUACGGUAUUCCUGUGCAUGGUUAUGGACGUCGUCGAAGGGAGUUGAACCAGGCGGACUUAUGUCCCCUGAUGGCUGCUCUGCUAGGUGUUCCGAUCCCGUCCAAUUCUGUGGCUAAAAAGAAUGAGAAAGAAGCAUAUCAUUUGUAUUUCAAAGAAUACAUGUCUUUGACGAGCUCCGAUGUUGAAGAACGAGUACGUUUGGCGGAAAAGUCAAUGACAGAAGGCAGAUUUCCUGAGGCAGUUUUGCAUCGGCACGAUCUUUUGUCUCUGGAGUUUGGUCAUUGUUUCCACCUUGGUCGAUACCGUUCCAAGGAAUACGGAACCUCUGAACGUUCACGAGGAUUCGCCGAAUAUAUCUGGGGAUUUCUCUACCGUCCAUUGCUUUCUGUGGCCUGUAUUCUCGUUGCACUGUGGCCCGUAUUUGAUCGUUCGUUCGGUGGCAGUCGCACGCAUCUCCGUCGAUUAUGGUUCUUAACUUGUGUUGCCUUGGCUGUUUUUCCGCUGCUUCCAGUCAUCGGGUCGACAUUCAAUCCAUCACUAGUGUGUUUUAGUGGCAUGGUUCUCGGACUACUGUGUCACUCCCUUUUCCGACGCCUGUCCGCGUUGAAACAGUCCAGUGCGGAUACCAACUCAAGCAGGCGAGUAUCAUUGGUGGACCUCUUAUUGGUUUAUCUGGUGGCUCCGUAUCCGAUCACAAUUGAAUCUUUGGCUACAAGUAUGCUGUUGUUGUUUGGGGAGGUUGAUCUCCUGUCCAAUUCUUCUUAUGCACUUCAAAAUUCUGACACUCAGGGCCCUAAAGCUCUAGCCCAAGACUUGUUCAAUCAUGAUGGCCGGGAUUUCAGUGUACACCAUGCAUUCCGAUUGGACAUUUGCUCUCGCCAUGCAAAAUCCGAUUNNNCGAUUCACGUGUUCAGCUGGUCCACCUUGAUGUACCAAACUCAUACCUCACUUGGUUUGCCAUUCGCUGAAAUUCCUUAUAUCAAAUCUACCAUCAGCUAUGAAGGCAUUUUCGUGCUAGUUUUUGUCGCAGUGGGACUCCUCUGGAUCCAGUUGGAAGCACCGGACUCAAAUGGCACCGUGGUGAUGUGGAAUAUAAACACACUUUCGGAAUCCGACCACGAUAAAGUUGUUUGCAAUUUAUCAGACAAUACUGCCACUCCGGGCGAUCGGUUGACGAUGCAAAAUUUUCGCCAGUCCAUACUAUUCGUAUCCUUUGAUUUGAAUCUGGCCUGA